UGCGAAUACUCGUUGUUUUGCUGUCAAACACAAGUAACGAGUUUUAAAUAUUUUUUUUACAUAACGAGUACUCGAAAAAAUGGAAUAUCAGCCGUAUUAGAACCGGCCGUGCAAUUUUUCAUUAAUUUCUCCAAAUAAAAUCAAAAUUUAUUUAAUAAAUUGUGUUUAAAAGUGUAAUUUAAAAACUAAAGAACAACUACAACCAAAAAUUAACAAGAAAAUACCAUAAAUAUUGGGAAAAAUUCCAAAGAAAACUUUUACAAAAUGAAACUUUUUUGCGACUUGCGUGGAAAAAACGGGAAAAAGAAAACGUAAAGCCAUAGGAAAAAACAUAUAAUAAAUCAAAGUGAAAAUUUUUUAACAUACAAUUAAGAAAAAAAAAAGAAAAUUUCGUUUUAAUAAAGAAAAUCUUAAGAAUUAAAAGAUCUUCAAAGAAAACUUUUGAGACAACUAGUAUAUGUGUCUGGACGGAAAGAAGUAUAUGUGUCUGGACGGAAACAGAAAACUUAAUUAAAACUUUAUGCAGUUUUUUAUGGGCCAAUUAAUUUGUUGAGCUGGAAAUAGAUGUUAGCUGUUGGUGGACGUUUUUGAUGUUUUAAUAUCGUCGUCUGGCAAAAAGGAAAUACACAUUUUUUUAUUUUCAAGCCACAAAUGUUUGGUAUUCAAGCAAAAUAUGUUUGCAAAAAAUGCCCAGAAAUGCUGCAAAGAAAACGAAUAAAAAUGCUAAAAAACGUCUUCCAGUUUUAAUCAAGUUAACAAAUAUAAAUAUAAACAAUAAUAAAAAGAAAAAGGUGAAUAGUAACAAAAAUAAAAGCAACAACAGCAGCAGCAGCAACAACAAUAAAAGUAGAAUUAACAAUAAUAAUAAUACAACUGCUAUAAAUGAAAUAAAAUACAAAAAGAAACGAAAAAUUAUUGAAACUAAGAAAGUGAUUGUUAACGCAACUUUUACUACAAAAUCUGAUACAACAAAUCAAAUAGAUAAUUGUGAUGCUAAUAGCAUCAAAACAACUCCAGUUAUCAGGAAAAACUCACAAGAGUCUACAGCAGAUUCCACUAAAACAUUUCAAACUCAACAAGAAAGUAUUUUAAAAUAUUUUGUCAAAAGUCAGCAAAAUUUUACCGAAGAAAAAAUUAAAGAGGCAACAGCAUUAAAUAUUGAAAAUGUUAUUAAAAACGAAAAUAAUUUUAAUAUUUGUAAAAUAGCUAGUUGUGAAGAUUUAAUAUCAAAAACAGAACUAGACAUUUCAACCGAAUUAGUUAUUACCCCAUUAACGUCUCCUAAUACUUCGCUAUCAUCUUUAUAUCCCAUUGUUAUUGAAACAUCAGAAAGUUUUCAACAUGAUGAUAAAGAUAAAGAACAGAAACAACAACAGAAACAUUCACUAGUAGAAGAAAACAAUUUAAAUAGCAAGAAAAAGAAAUUACAUUCCAUUUGCAAUUGCAGCAAGUAUAACAAUAAUAAUAUUAGUACAUGUUGUCAUACUGCAGUUGACACUUUAAAACAACACAAGUCACAAAAUAAUACAAAUAAUACAACAAUAACAACAACAGCUAAACGUAAUAACAAUAAACAAAAACCAAGUGUAGCAACAUCUUCAGAAACAUUAACAAAUCAAAGUCAAGAGGUUAAAGCUCGUUUGGCAACACUAAGAACUCGUAAAAAAGUUUUAACACAGCAACAACAGGAACAAAAAGGACAAAAGAUUGGUAGUGGCUUAGCUGUCACAGCAGGAGCAUUAGGAUCAUCACCAUCAUCAGAGCCAACUACUGAAAAAACCAGCGAAAGUAGUGAGGAAAAAGAUUUAAACAGUCCUCAGCUGGGAAAAUAUUUGAUAAAGAAAGUUUCUCCCGUUCUUGAUGAUGCAACCUUAAAUCUAAUCGAAACCUUGAGCGAAGAAGUUAAGAAACCCAAUAAUAAACGUAAACGUAAUAACACACAGGCGAUACUCUUAGGACUUGCGACACUACAUCAACCCAGACCCAAACGUAUAGCAGCUAAUCCAACUACACAAACACAAAUACCUGCUGUUGCAGGCGUACAAACGUCUACAAACGCUGUUGUAGAUAACAACAACAGCAAUAGAAACGAACAAAAAAAUACAACGGCUGGUAAUUUCCUUAAACCAUUGCCAAUCGAAGCAACAAAUACGAAUUCGAAGAAAAGAGCGCGUAUAAUGUCGCUAUAUGAGCGUCCAUUUCAAGCCACCAACGAUGGUCGCGGUGGUGGCGGAGGCGGUAGUAUUGUGGGCAAUGGUUAUAUGACUUCAAGUCGAUCGAGUGCCAGCAGUGGUGGUGCAAUGGUUAUGAAUGAUACCGGUGAUACACAAGAAAUGGCAAAUCAAUAUUAUCUAUCUGGUAGCAGUGGUUCUGUUAUUGCAGGCAAUUCGAAUCCUUCGUUGGUGGGUAAUGGCAGUGCCAUUAAUCAUGCACCCACCAUGGGUACACUGUGUAAUAUUGGCAACACUUGCUAUUUGAAUUCCGUGGUAUACACUCUGCGUUUUGCGCCACAAUUCUUGCACAAUCUUCAUCACUUGCUAGCAGAUUUAAAUGCUCUGCAACAGAAUAUAGCGAGAGCACGAUCAAAAUCGUCUUCCUUGGGUCGCGGCAUUAGUGCAGUGCACAUGGAGAAUGCACGCAGUUGGAGUAGCAAAGAUUUAGCCUCCAUGGAACAGUAUAAUAGUGGUUCAGGAACCGCAGUCCCUAGCUCAGGGACAAACAAUUCUUCUGCCCUAACACAAGUUACUCAAAAGAGUUGUCAUCAGCUGUUGACCGAAAAACUGCAUGAACUCUAUCAGAGUUUGCAUCGCAAUGAGAUCAAUGAAUCGACCGAACCUCAUCAUGCCGAUACUCUAUUGCAUGCCAUACAAGAUGUUAGCAGUAUAUUCGAGGGUAAUCAACAACAAGAUGCACAUGAGUUUCUAAUGUGUCUAUUGAAUAGUAUAAGAGAAACAAGUCAAACCUUAAUCAAAGCCAUAGCUGAGUGUCCGGAUGUGAUAAUGAAUGGAUACAUUUCCAACCCUGAUGAAGUUGAACGUGAUUUAAUGAAAAACCAUACUACUGUUGCUGGCAGUGGUGUUGGUAGUGGCGUCGCAGUUGGCACUAGCAAUAGUAAUAAUAGUAAUAGUUUAGCCUCAGCGAGUUCAAAAACUUCCUCCUUCUUUUCACGCAAAUCAAAGCGAAAAGAUGAAAGUAAAAAUUCCAAAAACUCCCGCCUUCAAUCGCCUCUUAAAGAUGCCCUCAUGUCUGGUGGCAAUACACAGAUCACGAGCACAUCAAAUAGUCUUUUCUACCUAAAUACAAAUGAUCUCAAUACGGCAUCGACUUCGACUGCCGCCUCAGCAUCAGCUGGAGCGUCGUCAAUUGGCGGUGGCAGCAACUCGCUAACCUCACCUUCAAAUUCUACUGCUCUUGUGGCGGGCAGUGCGGUGGCGUUAGAUGAAACAGAUGCACCCACGGCUGUGGCCUUAAUACUAAAGGAUAAACAACGUUUGGAGGGUAAGAUUAGAGAAUUGGGUUUGGAUUUCUUUAACGAGGACUUUGAGGGUAUAACGGUGUCGACCACCAAGUGUUUGAGCUGUGAAACGAUAACGGAACAAAAGGAAACGAUGAUUGAUAUUGCUGUACCUGUACCCCAAGCGGGUUACGAAAGCAACGAAUUUAUGGAUAGACCAUCAUCAUUUAUACAGAACUCCUGCAUUACCCGCGAAUAUUUUCGCAAUGAAAACAAAUAUCGCUGUGAACAAUGCUGUGGCUAUACCGAGGCCAUACGUUCAAUAUCUUACGAAGUCUUGCCACGUCUUUUGAUCAUACAAUUGAGCCGUUUUAGCGGUGGCAUGGAAAAGAUAAACAGUUACAUUCCAACAUCAUUUACCCUGCAAUGUUUCUGUUCCAAAUGCUGUGAACUAAGUGAUGCCAAUAAAUUACACAUUUAUAAAUUAUACAGUGUGAUAACGCAUGUGGGCGCUACUAUGUCGGUGGGUCAUUACAUUGCCUACACCUGUUCGCUGGAUUGGGCCAACGAAUAUAUCAAUUGUCCCAAAGAGCAACGAAGAAGAGCUAGUCAAGAACGUAAUCUAGGAGCAGCGGCGGGUAAUAGCACUAGUACCGCUAAUAGUUCGCAAUCAUCAGCGACCUCCUCUGGGUUGGGUUCAUCGAGUACGGGAUUUAUGAAAAUGAAGAUGAAAUUCGGACGCAGUAAGGCUUCCAGUUCGGGAGAUAUGAGUAAAAAUGUUAAACAAUUAAAUGGUUUAAAUAGCAGCAGUAAAGCCAUUACAAAUGGCAUAGGAAAAUUAUCCAUGAAUAAUUCGGGAGCGGCUGGUGUGGGAGGCGCAGCAACACCCCAGUGUCCGGUCACUUGUCAAAGUAUUAACUGUUGUGCCAUGCGCCUUUCAGCACAACAACAAUUGCAAUACCAGUCAGCCAACAAUAGUACUAGUGAUUUCAGUGAAGAAUCUUCCCAAUAUUCCAACGGUUCCGGCUAUAAUACCCCAGCUAACUACAACAACAACAUACAUCAUAACUACACAACAUCGGCUAAUACCUCGGGUUACGGCAGUACGGGUAGAGGUUCAACAAAAGCCUCUUAUGCAACAACGCAAAACAAUUGCAGUGAACCCAUCUGGUAUAUGUGUGACGAUGAUAAAAUCAAAGCCAUGACACAAAGAGAAUUUGAAGAAUUAUUAUCACCGGCUCGUAAAAUAACUAUAACUCCCUAUUUACUCUUCUAUGCCCGUUACAAUCUACAAUCCACACCACCUAAAUCGGCAACGGCAUCUACAUCCUCACCGGGUCCCGUAACAUCAUCGCCACAGACCUCCUGGUCAAAUGAAAGUCUACAGAGUAGUGGUCAUAGUGCCCAUAGUUCGGGUAUACGUAUGUGAGAUUUAACGGGAGCAGAGAUAACAGCAACAACUAAAAGUAAGCAUAAGAGCAAUACAAGUUAUAGUAAUAAUAUUAAUCUUAAAAAUAAUAAUUAUAAUAAUAACAACAACAACAUUUACAAUAGUAGUGGUAGUAAUAAUACUAAUAAUAUUAUUAAUAACAAUAAUAAUAGUAAUUGUAAUAAUAAAAGCCUGACUAAAUGCAAUUGUAAAGAACAGGUUAUAUAAGUUAAACUUAAUU